UCUAGUUUGCUGGAAGUAAAAGUAUUGUUUUUCGUGUGAUUUCAAAAUUUCGUAGUUUGAAUUCGGUUGAGCACUUCCUUUCAUUCUAUCUAAAUGCCAAUGAUUCUUAUGAGCUGGAGGAGUAUCCUUCGGCUGAUUCGGCUGCAUUACCAAGUGGUGGGCAACAUCGCCGUGCUCUGCCUCCUUGUGAUGAGUAUCAUUGACUACGGGUAUAUCUACCACGAAUGCGACCUCCUUUGGUGGUGCGAAGUGGUGGGGCAGGAGGAGAUCACUCCGCUGACGGUUCUGUUGCAUAUCGGUGGAAUCAAGGUGGCUAUUAUCCUGAUUAUCACGCUGUGGAGCUAUGGUAAAGAAGGAGCUGCAAAGGAUCAGCAGGGCAAUCUGGACAUGCCCAUCUCAUUCGUUCGUCGGCGGUACAGUCGUUUUCUUGUGAUGCUUCUGUUGGCGUCCAUGGACCGGCUGAUCCAGCACCACCCACGAAUAGAUGACUUCCUGCAAAAUCACAAGGACUGCGGCGAGGCAGUGAAGGAGUUUCGCUGGAGAGCAAGAAAGCUCUUCGAACGCACAGAUCUGCAACUCUGCCUUCCACUCCACGAAGUUCUCUCUGUGGACGAGCAGCAGGAGAAGGAGCUCCUUCGCCUGGGCUACGGCCAGAAAUUGACGCAGUUGCGAGAGCUGGACAUCUACAAGAUGGUCUACAACACACGCAAGUGAGGGUCCAAAGUUUCCGAAGUGGGAAGUCAUAAUUACUUUUCUGGAGGGGAGUGUGGUCGGAUCAGCACUCAUGAUAUGCUUUUGGGACUUAAAAACUAUAAGAUAAAGAUUCAUUGUAAUCAUUUCGAAAUUUAGGUGUAUAUAUUUCAGUGCUGCAUUAAUUAAUGAAAUCAAAAUCUUACGUAACAACUGUGUAAUAACAACUGUAAAUAUUUUUAAAUUUA